CCUUGACUAGUCUUCUAAACGGAGGUAGCGGCUGAAUCUAAACAAAGUAGUCUGACGCCGACUUUUUUUCGGGAUUGUCAUUUGGAUGGCUUGGCUGUAGGCAACAUUUAUAAUGGAAGGUGGUGACUCGAAUCAAUUACCUGAAGUAUGCCCUGAUGAUAAAAAGGCAGGCAUAGGAGGCGAAGGUAAAGUAGUGUCCAAGCAAACUACAGAUACAGUUGAAGCGAUGGAGUGUGCAGAGCGGGAAUCAACUUCAAGAGAAAAUAGCAAACAAGACGAAAACAGCAAAGCAAAAGAUGCUAAAGAAGAAGUUGCUGAACAAGAGGAUGGCAAGAGUACACAACCAGCUGCAGGUCAUGGUAAGGUCGUGUUUGGUUUAAACACCCAAGACCUGGAAGCUGGAGAAAGUAAUGUCUCAGAUCAGUCAAAAGACAACUAUGUAUCAGAGUUUCAUAAGUUUUUACAAGCAGAAAAUAAAGCUCACAAUCAAGAUACGGAAAGUGAAGUAAGUGGAAACAAGCAAGUUACAUGUAAUCUUGGGCCAGCUAUUGAGGAAAGUUCAGACUCAAAUUGGUAUAAGAUAAACAAUGAUAAAACAAAUAAACAAAAUACUGUUACAAUGUUACCAGAUGACUCUUCAAAUAUGAGCCUUCCAGAAAAUGUGUCUUUUAUGGGCAGUAAUAUGGAAUCAUGUGCCAGUUUUCAAGAAAAUAACUCAAACGUUGAUGAAUGUUCAAAUCUAAGUAUGCCUGCUACCCCAAAGUUUGCUGGCCACCAGCCUGUGUUUGAUGAAUCAGCAAACAUGAAUGCACCCAGUAAUAGUGGCUUUGCAAGGCCGGACACGCCGAACAGCGACCGGGACAAAAAUGGAUCAGAGACUACUCCACAGAAAAAGUACAGAAGAGGAACACUCCAGAUAGCUGCUGAGGAUGCCAGUGAACAUGGACAUGGACUGACGGCUGGUGACAUAUUUGAGUAUCAGUGGCCGCAGCAGCCAGAUGCAGACUUUUUCAUGCUACAAGAACAGAUCUCCAUAUUCCUGGAUGUCACGUCUUUUAAGAGGAAAUACCCAGAUUUGUUCCGAAGGGUGUGUGAUAAAGAGGAGAAAGACUUUCUGAGGGAUCAUGGAGUUGUCUCUGAGACCCAGAGUGAUUUAGGUCUGACUGCCCUGAAGGCAGACGAGGUCCAUGAGCUGUUGGGAAGGGAUUAUCCUGCUAAGUAUAAGGAGUUCUUGAAAGUCUUACAAGAAAGAGAAAAGCAGAGACUUGCUGACAAAAUGAAAGAGUUCCAUGCUUUGAAGCUUGAGAAAGACAAGAUGGCAGAGUACAUGAGGAAGGCUCGAAAAUCAGUGUCUGACUGGAACAGAAACCUGCUGAAACAGCGCAAUGAGGAGAGACGGGCAUUCUUCGACAUGCACACUUUUACAUUCCAGUACCCAAAGGGAAAGUUCCGUAAACUAGAUAGCAGCCAGACAGAGGUUGGAGCUUACCCUCUCUCUGUCAUACCAGGACAGUUCUCUGACUAUUACAAACAGUACAAGAUGGAUGAGCUGAAAUACUUGCCCCUGAAUACAGCAAUCUGCAACCCGCCAAAGAAGAGGGACCCCAACCAGGAGGCUGACAGUGAGGGGGAGUCAAGCAGUGGGAGUGAAGCUGACAGUAGCAGUGACAGUAGCAGUAGCUCGGAAGACAGUGAACAGGAAGAGGCUCCAGCUUCAAAUGUCACCAGGGGCAAGAUCAAGAAGGAGAAGUCUUCCAGCAGGGAACUCAGUAAAGAGAAGUCUGAGGAGCCGGUGAUUAAGAAGGAGACAGAGUGUCGUAUCUGUAAGGAGGAGCCUCCAAGCAAGUGGAAAACCGAGGAGGAUAUCAUCGAGUGCUCCGAGUGCAAGAGCAAAGGUCACCCAAGCUGCCUGGACCUUACUGAGGAGAUGGUGAAAGUUGUGAAGACAUACCCCUGGCAGUGUAUGGAGUGUAAGACAUGUGUACAGUGUAUGGACCCGUAUGAUGAGGACAAGAUGCUGUUUUGUGACAAGUGUGACCGAGGCUACCACACAUUCUGUGUAGGGCUGAAAUCCCUGCCCUCUGGUCAGUGGGACUGCUUCAGUUGCCGUGGAGACACCACACCCAUCAAACCACUCCCUAAACCAGCUCCCAAGGCAAAGCGAGGUCGAAAGCCGCGAGACCCUAACACUCCUCGAAGACCUCCGGGUCGACCUCCAAAGGACAAGACAAAACUCUUACAGCAGACACAAGCUGCAAUGGCUGCUCAGGAGGUUGCAGACAGGAGUCGGGCUUCUUUUGACCAGAACGAUACUUCCAUGAUGUCAAUGGACUCAAAUCUAGGGGAGGAGGACACGCGUGACACAGUCAAGCCAGAGGACAUGGACACUGACACACAGGAUAAGUGAACUCGGAUUAGUUAUUUGGGCCAGUGAACCAGGGGACUAGUAAAGAUGGACUAGUGAACAGGGGAUUGUGAUCAGAUAUUAGUGAAUAGGGAAUUGUGAUCUGUGACAAAAAAAAACGGCCUAACAGUGAGGGUGAGGAGCAUAGAAGAUGGAAGCUUGUGAUGGAGUGCUUGUUAAAUUUUAAGGGAUUACAGGCUUGAUUAUGAAUUGGAGCUAAAAAUCGCAUUGUUGAGCAUCAUUGUAGAACUUCCUUGUGGAGUGAUCGUAAAAUUAGAUUGCUUUUAACUGUGCAAUGAAUUUGUGAGUUUGUAAAAACCUAGGUAAUUGAGACCAUUGCAGACAUAUACCAAAUCUUUUGAUUUGUUUUUAACUCUUGCACUUUAAUUGAUUUGACGCUGAACUGGAUUAAGACCAUCCUCUAUAAUUACCAACUUUACAAGGGUUAUCAAUUCCAUUGGUUUAACAUUUGUGAAUAUUUACAUCAGAGUGGUUCAGUGUCAUGUCAAUAAGAUGAUUUUGUGAAAUGUUUUGUGUAUUUAAUAUGCAACUGAAUUAUUGGUAUUUGUUUUAAUGAUCUGUUAAUGAUAACAUUAUUGAAUGAAGUAGCAGACUACAAUUCAGUAAAUAUUUAUGAAUUUCCUGAGUAGUGAUGGCGAGACUUUUUUUUAUAUUCAUACCAAAUGUGUUCAGUAUUGUAAUAAAUGCUUAAACAAUA